AUGAGGAAAAUGCAAAUCAAAACCUUAAUGAGGAGCCGGCACAGCCGGUUGCAGAGGCAAGUUCUGAGCCUGUACCGCGAGCUGUUGCGCGCCGGCCGCGGGAAGCCGGGCGCCGGGGCACGAGUGCGGGCCGAGUUCCGGCAGCAUGCUUGCCUGCCACGCUCCGACGUACUGCGCAUCGAGUACCUGUACCGCCGCGGUCGGCACCAGCUCCAGAUGCUACGCUCGGGCCAUGCCACGGCCAUGGGUGCCUUCGUGCGUAUGUGGGGCCCGACCGAGGAGUCCACCGGCGCGGGGGCCCCAGGGACCCUGUCUGAUGAAGGUUACGACCCGAAGAGACCGCUAGACAGCGUGAGGACACAGAAGACCCCGCUGGAUGGACGGUGA